UGCACUAAUCGCCAACACCAGCACCAACACAAAAACUUACUCUCCACUACCCUCCUCUGUCGGAGCAAUCCCAAGCCACUUCUGUAUCCUCUCUAAUAGGCUCAUGAAGAAGGGCGGCGACGGAUUCGACAGCACAUCUGACAUCGGGGGCUUGGGAAUGGCCUCAGUAUGCAGGGUCGCCUCGGGGAACGCCCUCCUGAACCGCCUCAAAUCUGUCAUCAGAGCCUCUUUCUUCCUUCUGCGUCUCUCGUCAGGCCCUUCAGCUGUUCCCGCAUAUUCAGCCAUGGCCUUGACCUUCCUCUCCUCCCCCUCUCCAUAGAGAUUCCUCCUCGUCCUCAGCGAGACCUCCCUCACAGUCGACAUAUCUUCGGUGCGGACUUCGAACAUAUCCUCAUCUCGCUUCUGCCACUGCUGGGCGAUGUGGUGGUCGUGUCUCCGCCUGAAGGCCGCCUGGCGAGUGUCCUCGGCUAUGUCGGGCAGCCGUGUGGGCACGUAGAUGUUUCUGGGCAUGUGGUACUCGUAUUCCUGCAGGUAGAGGGCGGCUGCAUGCACUGCCAAGCGAGUCAGCUCCUGACACAGGCAUAAACACAGCAGCAGGACAAGUAGGAGCUUCCGUGUAGCCCGUCUCUUCCAGGUCGUUACCUUGGUGGGGUCUUCUUCAGGCUGUGCCUCCUCUCUCUGUGGCAGCAGGCUCAUGUCGGUGUCUCGCUCAUCCGGGAACCGCAGCACACUGUUUGCCCAUGCAUACGGGAUGCGGUGCCGCACGUCAGCGUCGAUCAGCUGCUCUACUGGCGUCUCUCCUCCCUCCUCACCCCCUUCAUACGGUGCCGUAUCCCCCUCGCCAUCCCCUUCUUGUUUGAAUCCCAUGGGAUCGUCGUGGUACAAAUCACGUACAUUGAGCAUCACCUCGUCCAGGAUGUCCCGCAGGGGAGACAGCACAUCGUAGGAUGGUGAGAGGCCCGCCGACUGCAGGUAUUCGACGUAAGCUUCCACACUGUCCAUCGACCAUAUCCGCGGGUCCAGGGUCAGCCGCAAAAGACACGCAAACGCCUGUAGUUGAUGAGUGAAUCGCACAUAUACAGCAGAGAGGGAGACAUAAGGGAUUGUGGUACCGACUCACCUUUUUCAGCUCCAUUUUCGGCCCUGCGUUGUCAAGGGCAUGCUGAAGGUUGUUCAGGGGACCUGAGCGCAUACAAAGAGGGAUGCAGCACAUGAGUCGAAUCGAGUAUGCCGCAAGCGCACCUUGAGAGACGCCAAGUUUCUCGAGCACCACAAGGGCCUUCCUGCUCAUCGGCCGUGUCCUGAGGUUCCACUUCAGCCUGGAGCCCCUCCUCCUCCAUCAAUGCCGCCGCCUGCUCGUCAAUGCGAGUGGGCCAUUCUGCACCCUCUCCCUCCUGGCCUUCGCUGUAGAAAGGCAAAUGGCCAGAUAAAUGAGACACUGAGAUACAAGCCAAAAGGUGUCCUACGUCUGUAUCAAUGCCCUCGGGCAUAAGCAUUGGGGCGUCGGGGGCCAGGUCGACCUUGCGAAUGGCCCUCCCGACAUAGUGGAGAUAUGGCAGCCGCUCCAGCAGGCGGACAACGAUUCGUUGAGCGCGCAAGAGAAAGCUGCAAAAGAAGAGGAAGCCCAGGGGAGUGCGCUAUGAAGUGUGUUCGACGCCGCUUACCCCAUUUCAAGAGCUAGUGCGAGCACAUGGGCUCCAAAUACGGUCCAGAGGAUGACGGCCACGGUGUAGCUGAUGCCCUCCUGAGUGUGAGUCUGCCACGAUAAGCUGAAGAAGAAACCGCCAAACUCGGCCGAUAUCAGACCAAACACUCGGCACCUGCUCGCAUGGAUCAAGAGACACAAACACGAAGAAAUGGGUCGAUACUAAGACUGCCCGCAUGAUGCACGUACCCUUCCAGAAGAGCCAGCAGAUGACGGUGCAUUGG